AUGAAGUUCGACAAGGCCGCUCUGCUCGGCGCUGGCCUCUUCACAUAUUCGGUGGCUGCCACUGGUGAAGGUGAAGCGGGCUUCUCAAACCGAGCUCGAUAUCUACGCCAAAUCGGCGCCGUCAAUACCACAAGCUACGCGUCUCUAUCGAGUCUAUCAUUAUCUUCACCCUCCUCGAGCACAUCUCUACCAUGGUCAACAAAUCAUCUCAUAGAUACCUUGCUAUCCUCAUCAUCAACAGAUCCUUCACCGCGCAGAACCCGCUCGUCUGAUUCACAACAUGUUUCCCUGGACUUGUCGUCACAACAAGAACCAACUUCAAAGGCUACAGACCCUUGGCCAUCGUAUUCCACUACCUUGAAAACGAGAACAAGAGGACGCUCUGGGGCGUCUGCUUCAUCACCCUCACCAUCAUUGCCGCCAAGCGCCAACACUUUUCCCUCAAUUACGGGUCAAAACUCUUCCACAGUCGAUGCGUCGUUGUCUACCAAGCGCACGAGGCCCUCCGCCAAGCCCUCGUCCGGCAGAUAUGGAGUCACCAACAACAGCACCGUGAGCCUGAUCCCGUCGAAAACGAAAGUCAGGCCAUCUUCACGACCUACGAAGUCAGGCAAGAGCCUCAUCACUGGCACAAGGACUAGACUUCAUCCAACUUCCCAACAUCGCCGUCCCAAGGCUGUAACCACUGUCACCGUGGACUGCCCAAUAGAUGGACAACGAUGUUAUCUAGCUGGUGGUAAAAAAGCCGUGAACGAAUCCAUCUCAACCUCCACGAUCACAAGGCAAUGUACACCAUUUUAUGACGACUUAGAGCCCAUGACAGUAUAUUCCAUCGUCCACACCAAGACUGUGACCUUUUACGGGAAUAGAACCGACUACACACCACCAUAUGCGACAAUAGAGACGCCCGAGUACUGCUCGCCAUCAGCGACAGGGCUAGGAGGCUCGACUACGGAGGGAUUCUUGCCUCAUGUUACCGAAAUCUCUGAGUCACUCGGUGUUCCGGCUCCUACCGAGAUAGACCCAUUGACAACGCUCAUACCAUUCGCCCGACCCAAGGUCACCUUCAUCACAACGGACAAGAACCCGUCGGUUGUGUUUCCCUCUGACCCUCCACCAGACUAUAGCGCAACAUGGUCUGAUCCUUACCCGAGCCCUAUCGUACACAAGACGGUACCGACUCCGGGAGGGCGGCAGGGUAAUACUCCGGACGCAGACCAUCAACCACGACCAACCUUUAGUAUCACUGCGAAGGGCAAUGAGGUUGUUAUCAACAGCAAAACAGUUUCCUCGCUUCGGCCGGGUCAAACAGUGACCGUUAGCGUCGACGGAGGCCAAUUUACUAUUUACCCCACGGCAAUUGUUGGAGAGGGAGGGUCCAUCACGAAACCUGCUCCUGCCCCUACCAAUUUUGGCGUUUCGACACCGACUAAGGGCAACGUCGGCGGGUUAGACGUGACCAUGUCAGGCUCACAGGUAGUCAUUGGCGGUGUGACCAUGACCAUGCCGCCAUAUGGCACGACAACAGAUAUUCAAGGCCAAUCCGUGACCAUCAGUGCCAACCAAAUCGUUGUGGGGAAGAACUCCUUCAAGUUCAAUCCUCUACAACCGCCGUCCGAGUCCGACGUUGUAGUAGCAGGCGGCGAGAUGCUCACAGCCAUAGGCCAGUCCGUGGUAGUUGUGCACUCCAAAACAAUCACCUACGGGCCCGGGAUCCCUGGCACCACCGAGGUCAUAGACGGUGACACCAUCACAAUCGGCCCAUCAGGCGUCCUCGUCCACGGCAUGAAGAUAGGCGGGCCGCAGGCUGACAAAACAGACACCAAGUACGAAAUCAUAGGCGGAGCAACCAUCACAAAGAUUGCCCCCUCCAUUGCCAUCGUCAACGGCAAGACCUUCACCGUCGGUCCGGGCUCCCACCUGACCACCACCAUGAUUGCCGGGCAAGAAUUCACAAUCGGCCCCAACGGCAUCACAGUGUCCACCCUCACCAUGACAUACCCCUUUGGCUCGAGCGUUGUCACCACCAUCGCACCAACGGGUACAUGGCUCAACAAUUUCCCCAUUGAGACGAAUCCCAGCACCAAGGACGACGACAGCAUGGGAACCUCUCUUCGACCCAGCCUGUCCAGCGGGGGCAUGGCUCUUUGCAUAGCGAUUGGCGUUUUGGUUUUUGGAUAA